CUCGAGAUUCUUCAUGAUUUCAACUUUUCUCUUCCGAACAGUGCUGAGUCAAGUUCUAUUGUUUUGGUAGGAGGUGUUAAUUUACCCCCUAUCAACUGGUCCACCGAUUUACCGGUCUCUUUAAGUGCUGGCAGUCAUGCAAUGGAUAAUAUAUUUUGUGAGCUGAUUGACGAUAAUUUCCUCCAGCAGUUCAUAACUGGUUCGACACACAUAUCUGGAAGCACAUUAGAUCUUAUAGUCUCCUUUAAUGAAUGUUGUUGAUGUGGACAUGGUCUGCUCAUGGUUAAUAUCUUACGAAUCUUCAUGUCCCAAACUGAACAUAUAUAUCUUAUUUUUCAUAUAUUUCUCUUUUUUAUUAUUAUUUUUUUAAUACCAUUAGAUUUAUCUACAUUUAGAUGACAAUUUAGUACAAUUAAAUUUUUCUACAAUUAGAUUUUCCUCUUAUUACAACUAGAUUAUAGUUUUUUGGUGUAUAUUUUAAAUUCUUAUAUUUCCUUAGGUAGGCACCCUGCAUGGGUCUGAGUGUCCCUUUUGGGCUUUAACUCUUUAUGUUUGUAUAUUUUCGUUUUUGAUCUUGCCCAGGAAAGCAUGACAUAACAACAUAAAGUUGUUGUAGUGCAAGAUAAAGUAUUCACAAAUAGAGAUAUUAUAAAACUUUGGAUCAAUAGAGUUUUAUGAUCUUGAGUUGGAGGACUUAGAAAGCAAAGGAGUAUUCUUGUACUUAAUUCUUUUGAAGCUCACAAGACUGUGCAAGUGAAGUAUUUGUUGAGACACGAAUACACCAAUUUAAUUGCCAUUACCAGAGGGCUACCUUGCAUGCGGCAAACCUUGGAUGUUUGUUCAAACAAACCAUCCAAAGACUGAGUAUAGCAGAAUUGGACAACAUAAAUGACAGAAGGAAUACACAAACUAAUACAGAGUGGUCAAAAAAAACUGCCCAAAGACCUGGUAUACUAUUGGAACGGCAAAGCAUGAAGACAUUUCAAGAGAAAUGCUGUCAAAGUUCCUAUAAAAAUGUAGCUGUA